AUGAAAAACAUUGGAUUGGAAGAAGCUGAGGUCGAGCUGCCAGCGGGUAGUCUCCCCUUGAUUGUUUAAUUAGCCCAAAUCUGCCAGGUGCUCCAUUUCCUUGUUUUCCCAAUCAAAUUCGAGGUCAUGUAUGAGGACUGACUCGGGCUUUCUCGGAAAAAUCUUCAAUAAUCUUUCGAUGAUAAAUCUUUUCUUUUCCAACUGUAAUUGAGAGCGACCGCUCGGGCCAGGGCUUGGGCCUCAUUUCUGAGAACAAGUUGCACGGCCUCGGGCCAGACUCUGAGAAAAAAAUGUAAAUUUCAUUGAAAAAAAUUUUCACCGAAAAAAAUCUUCUCACUUUUUUUGAAUCAUAGUUCUUUAUAAGGCCGGGCCGGGCCGUGAUGGGAAAUAGCCGGGUGUUGAUAGGCUAGCGGGCCGGCCCUCGCACAGGCCUGGCUCCUCUUUGGGGAAACAGAACAAUUUUUUUGAAAUUCUAUCAGUUCAGAAAACGUAUAAAAAGUCAUUCCAACGUGAAACCUUCAUGAACCUACGACAUUUUCAUAAUUUCGACAGCUGCUGUCGGCUCGGUGUGAAAAGCCCGGGCAACCUAAAAACUUGACUUUUUCUUUCCUGCAGAACUCGACUUGCAACACUUUACUUGAAUCAAUCGAAUAACUGCUUCUGGAAAAUGUCAAUGGAGAAAAUGAACAUACAGGAAUUUCUGAAGAGACAUCUCCGCGCCUCGAGCUACGCCAAUGAGAGAUCGGUCCGCAUUUUCUUUCGAAAUUUAUAGUUUAAAAAAUGCUGUCGCAUGGAAAAUAACGAAUUUUUUUAAAAAUUUGUUAGAAGACUUUCAGGUGAACUACACACCGGAGGAGCUGAUAGAAGUAGUGAAACGAGCGAUGGAACUGUUCAGAAAGGAGCCAAGUCUCGCUCGGAUGUCGCCGCCAUGUAUCGUCGUCGGCGACAUCCACGGACAGGUCAGAAAUUUUUCGAGUCCAGAAAAUUUUUUUUUUUCAGUACCUCGACCUCAUCCGAAUACUCAACGCUAAGAACGACGACAAAAUGGCCUUGUCGUCGAAAAGAUUCAUGUUUCUAGGCGACUACGUGGACAGAGGUCGUCGUUCCGUCGAGUGUAUCACGCUCAUGUUCACGCUCAAAGUCUGUCCUGUCGCUCCUUCCCGAAGAAAAACAGAUCUGUAGAUCAUGUAUCCUACGCACUACGUCUUGCUGCGCGGCAACCACGAGAGCAAAGCCAUCAACCACGCCUACGGGUUCAAGGUAGUCUGCUUUUUUUUUUUGGUUGACUGACACAUGAAAACUUUUUUUUUCAAUUCUAUAAUACGGUCAAAAAGUUUCACAUUUGAGCGUUUCAGACUCCCGAGUGUAGAAAAAAUUUUCUAUAACUGGCUCUAAAAAAGGAAAUUAGCAUUGGGCCUUCCAUUGGAAAGAGACAAACGCAAACUAGCAGAAAAGAAGUUUUGAGUCGAAUUCCAUGUUCAAAGUAAUUUCCGCGAAAUGCCAAAUUUACUCUGAUUCUCCACAAUACAGUUAUCGUUCUCUUUUUCUGACGGCUAUUUUGAAUUCCGCGGGAUCACUCUGAACACGCAAAAAAAAAAUCGUUGAAAAGACUAUGUUUUCAAAUUAUACUGUAUAUUUUAUACAGGGUUGUACUGAAAUUCUCGGAAAUGAAAAAAAUAUCAUGAAUUAUCAGCCAAUUUAAAACUCGAAAAGGGAGAUAAUUUGAAUUUAAUUUUCAAAAACCGUAAAAAAAAAACAGAAUUGAAACAUUCAGGACGAGCUGUGCGAUAAGUUUGGCGAAGCGGAAGGUCUAAAGGUCUGGGAGCUGUACAACGAGGUCGGUGCCGACGCCUCAGACCUCCUUCAGCUCGAUUUCAGGCUUUCGCCUUGAUGCCGCUGGCUGGAAUUAUCGGCUCGAAAAUUCUCUGCAUGCACGGAGGCAUCUCCAAGCACCUCACUUGCCUUGAGGAUAUUGAGAAAGUAAAGCGUAUUGUAUCUUUUCCAAUACUGUAACGCUAACAGAUCAAACGUCCAAUCAUGGAAGUUGCCGAAUGUCCAUUGGCGAUCGAUCUCAUGUGGGCCGACCCUAUUGAUACGUUCAAUGGCGGUUCCCUCGAUCCGUGAGUUCGAUGGCGGCGUUUUGGUAAGGAAUAAUGCCUUACAGUACGCCAAGGUACGUGGAAAAUACUCUCCGUGGCCUCGCGUGCAUGUUCAACGAAGCGGCAGUCAAAGAAAUGUGCCUGCGGCUCAAGAUCGAACUUAUCGUUCGCGCCCAUCAGGUCAGUCUUCUUGAGACUCUCUUUUUACUGAACUCUUGGCUGAACCCAUUACUUUGACCGUGUCUACGAUUUUCAGAUGAUGGAGUAUGGUUUCAAAUUCUACGCCGAACGGAAACUCGUCACCAUCUUCUCUGCGCCGAGAUAUCUCAACGAAACCGAGGCAUCUUGAUCUUCGUCCUACGAAAACCAACUAUAUUGUUGCAGAACAAGGGAGCCAUUCUGAAAGUGUCGAAAAGCGGGUCAGUUUCGCUGGUUCUUCUCAAACCUCGUGCCGAGGGUAGGUAUUGCUUUGCUGGAGCCUACUUCAACUUUAGAGUCUGCAGAGAAGGCAACGGCGGGCAGUGAUGAAAAGACGAAAUUCCUUACAGAAGUGUAAGUUCUCUGUCUUAAGAGCCGCUGCCACCGAAGAAUAUUCAGACCUAAUGGGAAAAAGUCGAGGAAACUGUCUCUCCGGAGCGCACCUCGUGUAUGA